GUCGAACUCUCAAUCUGUACGAAAGUGAUGCAGGCAGAGAUAGGAUAACGUUACCACUGUUCCAUAUACGAUCGAAAAUGUCAUCGACCCGUGACUUUGAGGAGUCAAGCAGUUCACCACAAAUGAGCGAUGCUAAUCGACCUAAGCGAGCUUGUAUAGAAUGAAGAAAACAAAAUGUUCGUCUGCAAUCAACAACCAUAUCUCUAUGCGCCUUACAUUUGUGAUAUGACAUUUCCUUCUUGCCUUCUCUGCGUGAGAAGAAAAACUUCUUGCACAUAUCCCUCGAGUCGUAAAAAGCGAGUAUCGAAACGACCAAAACCUCAGGUUCAAAGCUCCACGUCGGGGGAUGUCCAAAAGAAACUUGACAAUAUUCUCAAGAUGCUGUCUUCGCAGAGCAGUAAUGCCGAAAGCGGAGUUGUCAACAAUUACACCAGAGGCGACGGCAGCUUGCCCGUUGAGCUGAAUCUUUUACAGAGCUAUCUAGAAUCAAGUCGACCAAUACGCAAUAGGAGUCAUUACCCGCCACAGGAUGAUGGAAUCAAUGCCACCGAUCGACCCGGCCCGCGCGAAAGCAAUUCCAUGAAUACUGCCAUGCUGGACAACGGUCCAGUUACAUCCAAUUCUGUAUUGUCCACUUCAAAUCAGCCUCUCUGUCAAGAUGAUGCAGAGGCUACGGUUGGCCAUUCGAGUAUAAAUGACAACGACUGGGUACCCGUUUCGACCGUUGCAGAUGCUCUCCAUAUACCAACACUCCAAUCGCUGGAUCCAGAUGAACCACAGGGUUAUGCAGUUCACAGCCCUUGCUCAAUUUAUCCGCUGCCUGCCCUGAACGGUUCCGAAAUCAAUCGUCCUGGUUUCAAACCGACCUGGAUGAUGUCGUUAUGGCCAGCCGAAGACCAACCUUUUAUGGAUGAAUUGGAUUCUUUAGAAGAAAUACUUACCAAUCCCGACCUUGGACAAGAGGUCGGGGCCUUUGAUGCUCCUUGUGCCGAUGACCAUUGCGCUGUGCCCAGCCCUGUUAGUCUUAUUGAGCAUACCGUGGGGAGCUCUGUGCAAUCCAUUGACCUAAGAGAACCGGAUAUCAAUCGUCCAAUAUCAGGUCUCCUAAUUAGAGAGUUAAUUACGCUGUACUUUGAGAAUGUGCAUGUCUUAGUGCCAAUACUGCAUCGUCCCAGGUUCCAUGCGAAAAAUAUGUCCACGAUCAUGUCCACAUCCGACGAGGACAUGUCAACUUUGAUAAGAGACUCGCUUCUUCUUAACAGUAUGUUUGCACUGGCAUCGAGGUUCUCGUCCUCACCAUACUUCCGCAAUGUGCUUGAUGCAGAAAAAGGUACAGACUUCGCAGAGAGAGCAAAGAGAAUCUACUAUGAAAAGCUACGUACGAUCAGGAAUCCUUCACUUGAAUUUCUGCAGGGUUGUACGCUACUGGCUUUCUACUCAUACAGCUACAACCCAGAUCUUGAGGGCUGGCUCAUCAUAGGAACUUGCACACGGAUCGCGAGCGAUCUAGGACUGAAUUCUAUCGAUAUUAACUACGGAGAUGAAACGCGUAAAAUAAGUGCGCUAGAGUGGAGCAAUAAAGAGGAACAACGGCGCCUUUGGUGGUCUAUAUGGGAGCUAGACACAUUCUCAGCAGCCAUUGCCUGUCGACCGCAUACCAUUGACUUUGCUAAGAUACGAGUCCAGCUUCCUGUUUCUGAUGACUUCUGGUUUGCCGAUAUUCAAGUCGAAUCAGCUAUAAUCAAUCCAGAUCCAGUACAUUCAUGGCACGCCUUGAGAAACUGUCCGAAUCAAGACGAAAGGGCGUGGUUCCUUGUUAUGAAUUACUUGUUGCUUACGGCCCACGACCUUGGUCAACGGCAGUAUGUAACACAAGAUGAAGUAGAAGAGAUUGAAAACGCUCUUUCCUGUUACGCACUACUGCUACCGCGACAAUUCCAUUUACCGGGUGGUCCAAGUUUACUUUCUUCCUCGCCGAACGUUCCCCGAUUCAAUUGGAUCAUAUCCACCAAUAUCAUGCUGCAAGGUUGUCGGGUUUUUAUCAAAUUCCUCUCUGAAGGAGUCACGAGCCCCAAGAUUCGAACUGUGUCGACGGAUCUACUUGCACCGCUGGCGGCAGAAUCACAAUUUGGUACAUCCGAGGCGAUGUAUCGAACAUACGCGGACAAUAUCUUCAACAUCAUAAAAGUCUGGCCGCCCGAAUACAUUCCUUUCAACCCACCAUUUCUAGGAUGCCUCCUCCUUGGGCCAGCGGCGAUGCAUCUGCGGGUGGCGAUUAACGAUGACCGAGAAGAUCGCUUGGAGAUCGAAAUGCUCAAACUCGCUUUGUCACAAAUUGGACAGUUCUGGAAGUUUGGGUCGUUGUUAUUAGAUAUUGCGAAUUCGUUGAUUGCAGCUAAACUAUAAACGAAGACGUCUAAGUCUUACUGUUUAGUCAAAAUAGAUG